AAUCGUGUGGAGGUGCAACAUUAAUUAAUAUGGCAGCAGCAGCUCUACACGCGUUGGUAGCGCUCGCCAUGCAUUGGGUGGCGUUCGUUGCUGGUGAUGUGUCCUCGCGACCUCAUGUCGUUUUCAUUCUUGUCGACGAUUUAGGUUACAAUGACGUUUCAUGGCACAAUCCUGCGGUGAAAAUGCCGAACAUUGCGAGUCUGGCGGCUGAGGGCGUCACGCUGGAGCAAUCCUACGUUCUGCCGGUGUGCACCCCGACGCGCUCAGCCAUACUAACGGGCCGCUACCCCUACACCAUCGGCAGACAGAGCUCUGCUCUAAAGCCGCUUCGCCCCACCGGCCUCACCCUGAACGCGACUCUGUUGCCUGAGGCGCUCAAGACUGUAGGCUACCACACGCAUGCUGUUGGCAAAUGGCACCUCGGAUUCUGCAAAUGGCAGUACACGCCAACCUAUCGCGGUUUUGACAGCUUUUUUGGUUUCUACACGGGCGGCCAAAAAUAUUACACUAAAAUUAAGAAGGCAGAUCUCAAGUUGGACGGAGGAAGAAAAUUAGUAGUCGCUGGCUACGAUUUUCGAAGUGACAAGAAAGUAUUUUUCCCGCCCGAAGAAGAAUAUUCCUCUCUAACGUUCGCACGACGAGCGCGGGACGUCAUCUUGACGCACGGGUCAUCUGCCGACGGGCCGCUGUUCUUGUACCUGCCCUUCCAGUCCGUACACGGCCCGUUGCAGGUGCCCGAACGAUACUUCAACAUGUACCGGGGUAUUGACGACACCAAUCGCCGUAUUUUCUUAGGCAUGGUAUCAGCGCUGGACGAUGCGGUCGGCAUCGUCGUGUCAGCCCUGCGGUCAUCAGGCCUCUACAACAACAGCGUCAUCGUCUUCACGUCCGAUAACGGAGGGAGCACGAAGGGCGCCGGCAGCAACUGGCCGCUGAAGGGCCACAAGAGCACCCUGUGGGAGGGCGGCGUACGUGUGCCAGGUUUCGUGCACUCGCCUCUACUGUCGUCCCCCGGCGUCUACAGAGGGUUGUUCCACGCCGUGGACUGGUUCGCCACUAUCGCGGGGCUGGCGGGCGCCGCGGUGCCGCCCGAGGUGGACGGCGUGGACCAGUGGGCGGCGCUCGCGGGGCGCGAAGCUCCAGCGCGGGACUCCUUCGUGUACAACAUCGCCUACUCGCAGGACGCGCUCAAAGCGGCCGUGAGGUGA